CGGGCAGAAAGUUUGAGCACUAGGUGUUAUGUCCUGAAUAGGCUUCCGUAGUUGUUGCCGGAAUGGUGGAGAAAAAGACGUCAGCACGAUCUCAGGAAGCAAGUCAACGGCGGAUCCUUGACUGUGCCACACGGCAGCGUCGCUUGAAUCGUCAGCUUGACGCUUUAGAGAAAGACAAUUUUCAGGAUGAUCCACAUGCCAACCUGCCACAACUGGUCAAGAGGCUGCCACAGUUUGAUGACAACAAUGAAUCAAGUAAAAAGAGGAAGAAGACUCGAGGAGAUCAUUUUAAGUUAAGGUUUCGUAAAAACUUUCAAGCACUUUUGGAAGAGCAGAAUUUAAGUGUCAGUGAAGGACCUAACUAUUUGACUGCCUGUGCCCCUCCAUCCAAACUACCCCAGAGACACUUCUGUGCAGUGUGUGGUUUCCCUUCCAAUUAUACUUGCGUAUCAUGUGGAGCACGUUACUGUUGUGUCAAGUGUUUGGGCACCCAUCAGGAGACAAGGUGUCUCAAAUGGACAGUCUGAUUUUUGCUAUUUCUGCAAUCUCUGGAUUUGGUUUGCCUAAUACUGUAAAGGCACUUUGGACUGACUUAUGAUUUGUUCUGCUUUUAUUUGUGACAGUAUAUUCUGACAACUUUCUGCUUGUUUGACCCCAGUAAAGUCACAAAUGACACCACUGUUCUCUGCAUUGUAUAUCCCUGCUUACAUAAUGGAAGUGUUUAUCAGGAAUCAACUAAACACUAUUGAAAUGCAGGAAAAAAAGAUUUAAAAAAAAUGUUUUUUACACAGCAAGAGUACCAAGCCACAUUGCAUUCUAAUUUAGGCUUCCGAUUACUGGGAUCAGUUGGUCAUCUUUAUGAGACAAGCACAGACCUUCCAGGUAAAACUUUGAUUUAUUCAAUUAAAGGUAAUUGUUUAUUGUUGGUAAUAGGUACAAUAUGUGUUAAAACUUUACACCUUGUCUCUGUAUGGUAUUAAUUUAAGCAUGUUUGGAGUCCUACUUCUCAAAGUUUUAUAGUGUAUUGAAUGUUUUAAAUAAAGUUUGUCUAACUUUUUUGAAA